AUGCUCACCUCGAAAUUUAUACAAAUCCUUCUUGCCAGCAGUUGCAUGGCGCUCUCUGCAUCGAACAAUGUUGGCGCCGUCGCCAUUGUUUCCGAAACCUUUCUUCCCGACAGGACUUCGAGUUUGGCUGCACGCCGGGAGCCAGACAAUGCUGGUUGCCAAAGCCCCGAUCGAAGUGACGACGACGACGACAAUGACGAUUAUCAAUAUGUAAUCUACGAUCACGACGAUCCAUCAACAUGGCAUCCCAUAGAGGACGUCGACUAA